UCCGCCCGCCGGGCCCGGGCCGCGCCGGGGGAGGAGGGGGAGCAGCGCCGCCGCCGCGGCCGGGCCCGUCCCCCACCGGCUCCCCCGAACACCAUAGGCGGCUCCGGCACCAAGAUGUCCAACCGGGUGCUCUGCCGGGAGGCCAGCCACGCCGGCAGCUGGUACACUGCCUCAGGACCCCAGCUGAAUGCACAACUAGAAGGCUGGCUUUCUCAAGUACAGUCCACAAAGAGACCUGCUAGAGCCAUUAUUGCACCCCACGCAGGUUAUACCUAUUGUGGAUCUUGUGCAGCCCAUGCUUACAAGCAAGUAGAUCCUAAUAUUACCCGAAAAAUUUUCAUUCUUGGGCCUUCCCAUCACGUGCCCCUUUCCAGAUGUGCACUUUCCAGUGUGGACAUUUAUAGAACGCCUCUGUACGAUCUCCGAAUUGACCAAAAGAUUUAUGGAGAACUGUGGAAGACCGGAAUGUUUGAGCGAAUGUCUUUACAGACAGAUGAAGAUGAACACAGUAUUGAAAUGCAUUUGCCUUAUACUGCUAAAGCCAUGGAAAGCCAUAAGGAUGAGUUUACUAUUAUUCCUGUGUUGGUCGGAGCACUGAGUGAGGCAAAAGAGCAGGAAUUUGGAAAACUCUUCAGUAAAUACCUAGCUGAUCCUAGUAACCUCUUUGUGGUUUCUUCUGACUUUUGCCAUUGGGGUCAGAGGUUCCGUUACAGUUACUAUGAUGAAUCCCAAGGAGAAAUUUAUAGAUCCAUUGAGCACCUAGAUAAAAUGGGUAUGAACAUUAUAGAGCAGCUAGAUCCUGUAUCUUUUAGCAAUUACUUGAAGAAAUACCAUAAUACAAUAUGUGGAAGACAUCCUAUUGGCGUAUUAUUAAAUGCUAUCAAUGAGCUCCAGAAGAAUGGAAUGAAUAUGAGCUUUUCAUUUUUGAAUUACGCUCAAUCAAGCCAGUGUCGAAACUGGCAAGACAGCUCAGUGAGUUACGCAGCUGGAGCACUUAUGGUUCACUGAACUGCUGAAUGCUCAGGGAUGGCACCUGCACACAUUCUGUAUACGGGGUCCCAGCCUAGCCCUUACAAAGAUACAGUCCCUGGUCUUUGGGUAUACUGAAACCUCAAACUAAUAGAACUUCUUUUCUAGUAGGUGUAGUCCUUCCUUAGUUUCAACUCAUUUAAAAAUGCUUUCUUGUUUAGGACGGUGGAAGGAAGAGUGGUAUCAAAACAUUGUGUGAUUUUUUUAGGAAAGAUAAUAGCUGUGAAGGCAUGGGUGGCAGACAGUCCUUACAAAUGCGACAUGUAAAGCAUUUACCAUAUCCUAAAUUUGCACUCUUUGCAGACCUGUGCACAUGUACUCAGCUUUCAGAAUAGUUUUGCAAGUUGUAAAUGGGGGAAAAAAAGGAGUGGAAGCUUUUUAAUAAAAGGAAAAAAGGAAAACAACGCAUUUAUAAAUGAUCCUGUAUUAGAAUAUAAUAAAACUCCAGUAUAGUCAGUUACUACCCGUGAUGUACAACAGAUAUCUUCUAUUUUAGUUGCUAAUAAAGGGCUACACAAACCAAAAUAGUCUGAUUUAAACUUAUUGCUUUGUGUUCUGUAUGUGGCUGCUUGUCAUUAACAUCCUUUAUCCUCAGUUCUUUGCUUGAAAUUCAGCCAUUCUGUAAAAUACUUUAGAAUGUAUUUUAUAUUCAACAUUUGUUAUGCUUAUUUCAUUUACAGAUUUUUUUAUCUUAAAUCUGCACUGAGUUCAGCUGUGCGAAAGAAUUUUUAAAAACUUGUGUGUUUUAAUUGUCUUACAGAAUUAUAAGAUAUCUUUUAAUAUGUGAUACAAAUUUGUAUCAGAAAUGCUUUUAAUGACUUCUUCUCUUGGUUUGGUUAUCGUAGGGGGAUGAAUGCAGUAUUUUUAUUUUAAGUGACUUAAACUGAAAGCAAGCAGCUUAAAAUGAUAGUUUUUUAGAGUAUCUGUGAAGCAUUCAUAGGCCACAGAAGCCAUACGGUGGUACUCUCAAGCAAUUAUUCCUCAAGGAUUUAACUGGGAGGGGAAGGUAAGGUUUCUCUCCUCUGUCCUGCACCCUCCUCUCCUCCUUUUUUUUUUUUCCUCUGAGGGUUGAGUUCCUUCAUGUUCUUUAAACAACAAGGUAUCUUAUGAGUUCUUGAACUUUCUUCCAAAAUAAUGAUAUAAUUGUUUGAAUUAUUAUUAUUCCUGAAGGUUUUCUUUCAUUCUAAUAAGAAAUGCAAAAUAGAAUGGCAGUUCUGGCUCAUUAUCUAAAUGGAGAUUUCAUUCACUGAUAUUUGACCUGUUGUCAAGCAAACUCCUGUUCUGUUCAGCUUUCCUGGGUAAUGGAGGGAAAUUUAAGAAUUCAAUUUAGAUUAUCUUGGAAAGCUGUGGGAAUUGCUGCGUGCUCUUCACCUGAAACAUAGCAAAUGUCCUGAGUUUUUGGAAGUAGGGGAGGGGGAUCAAAAACCUCACAGGCAGCAACAAAAAAUAACCUUUGCAAUAUUCCUUCUGCAAACAUGCCUUGCUUGCACUACUUCUAUUUUCCUUAUCGCAGUUGACCACCAUUUUAAUAACAACAGAUGAAUGCUCCAUUUACAGAAUGAACUACUCUGCAGCUGUUCAGAAUCCAUCACAGAUGCUGAACUUCCUUGCUUUGUUCUUUUAGUUGCCUUAUUGCUCUGCCUUGUUCUUGAAAAUUCUCAGCAGCAGACAGGUCAAACAAUUUUCAGACUGCUUUUGACACAGCAGCAAGGAGGCUGUGCAAGUAAAACUGAGUUGGUAGCCAGUCUUUAUAAAUACAUGUCUGACUGUGCCUUAUUAAAAAAGUAAUUUCAGAAGGUUUUUUUUGUUUUUAAUCUUUGUUCAAUAUGAGUUUUAAUUAGGACUCAGGUUUCUUUCAGUCUUAAUGCCAAAUCCUUAACAUCAUUACUGAAGCACAUAGUUAACUGGAACAGUUAAGCAUGUACUUUCUCCCUAAGGUAAACCUAGUAAUAGCUUCUGAAUACAAAUGCCUAAGUUGCAUCUUAGUUCUGUAAGAUAUUGUUAAUAAAAACAAAACAUAUCUGGAAGAGCUUCAAGGAAACCGGUCAGCCAUUUUGCUCAGUGCAAUGUUUUGAAGUAUCUUACAGUGAAAGCACUUCACAUGUAAACUGUGUAAUGUAUUUCAAAAUAAAGUUUCUAAUUAAAAUGGGACUUUCUUU